UGGCCCUGGGGCCCUCCUCUGCGGUGGGUGUGGCAGGACGAGCUGUCUCCUUAAGAGCACAAGGCAGAGGGAGCUGCAGGAGUCUUACAGAGUCUGACCAGUUCCCUCCUGUCUGAAGGUAUUGUCGCCUCGGGCAAGCCUGCUGGGUUUAAAGAGCCGAAACUCACUGGGCUGAACACUGCCCCAGCAGCCUCCUCAGACCUGCUCUGUGCACCCUGCUCUCAGGUGAGCUCAAGAGAACUGGCUUUCAGGUGGGGGCCACCUGACCCCAGCCGAACCCCCUCCCUACAGUCCUGCCCUGCAGCUGUGACAUGGAGGGAGUGACCUGGGGCCUUCUCCUUGCACUGGCAGGCCUACCUGCCUUGGAAGCCAAUGACCUGGUUGAUAAAGACAGUCCCUUCUACUAUGACUGGGAAGGUCUGCAGCUGGGAGGGACAAUCUGCGCAGGCCUCCUGUGCAUCGCUGGCCUCUUGUUCGCCUUGAGUGGCAAAUGCAAAUGCAAGCACAGUAGGAAGCAGAGUCCCUUACCUGAGAAAGCUGUUCCACUCAUCACUCCAGGCUCUGCCAGUACCUGUUGAGCACAGGACCAGCUUUGUGGCACUCCCAGCGCAGCUCCCAUGCUGUUCCCUCCCCACCUGGGGGCCUUUCUCUCCACUGGUGGGCCCUUAGGCUCUCUUUUUACCAGGAGGCUGUCCAAAGCUUAUUUCUAAAUUAAACUGGUCUCCCUCUUCCUGUUGUCUUGUGACCUUCUAUGGGUCUGGGCAGCUUGCUCAGGAAAGCCCAGGCCCCUCUACAGCUGGGGUGGAGGGGGUGGGGUGUGGAUUGCUAAUGUUUCCUGUGGCCACAGGUCUGCCUGAAGCCUACAUCCCAGCACGCCCCCACUUUGAGAACCUCCUGAUAAUUGAUCUUCUGCCCGCCCCCUGCCUCAUCCAUGCAUCAUUCAAGACACCUCAAUAUUUUAUCAGAGGACCUCACAAUUUCCAACCUUUUAUAGAGGCCCUAGAAGCCCCAAGGAGCCAGGUAUCCAUG